AGAGCGGAUCGGAUGAAACCCGAAUUCUAAAAAUUUGGUGUCGGGUGCGAUAGGACAGUGGACAGUUUCAUAUAGCCGUCGCCGUAACCUAGUAUAUAGCAAAAUACAUCCAAUCAGUUCCUUUUAUUUCUCAGUGACGAUUGCGAAGCCACAAUGGAGAAGGUAGAGGACCAGAAUCCCCAGCAAGAAGAAGACCAAGUUGUGAAUCCAUGGGAAGUAUCGGCCAAAGACGGCGGUAAGAUCGAUUACGAUAAGCUCAUUGACAAAUUCGGCUGCCAAAGGCUGGAUCAAUCCUUUGUUGACCGCGUCCAACGCCUCACUUCUCGUCCCCCUCACGUCUUCCUCCGCCGUGGCGUUUUCUUUGCCCAUCGCGAUUUCAAUGAUAUUUUGGAUGCCUACGAGCGAGGGCAGAAGUUUUAUUUGUAUACUGGUCGAGGACCUUCUUCUGAAGCUCUGCAUUUGGGCCAUUUGAUUCCUUUCAUGUUUACCAAAUACCUGCAAGAUGCUUUCAAGGUCCCUCUUGUUAUACAACUGACUGAUGACGAGAAGUGCAUGUGGAAAAAUCUUUCUGUGGAGGAGAGCCAACGACUCGCCCGUGAGAAUGCUAAAGACAUCAUUGCUUGUGGUUUUGAUAUAUCAAAGACAUUCAUAUUCUCAGACUUUGAUUAUGUUGGGGGUGCCUUCUAUAAAAACAUGGUCAAGGUUGCCAAGUGUGUCACAUACAACAAGGUUGUUGGCAUAUUUGGAUUCACGGGAGAGGAUCAUAUUGGAAAAGUUAGCUUUCCACCUGUGCAGGCUGUCCCAUCAUUUCCCUCUUCAUUCCCACAUCUAUUCUCUGGCAAGGAUGAUCUACGUUGUCUGAUUCCAUGUGCAAUUGAUCAGGAUCCAUAUUUUAGAAUGACAAGAGAUGUUGCCCCUCGGAUAGGGUAUCACAAGCCUGCAUUGAUUGAAUCAUUAUUCUUCCCCGCUCUCCAGGGUGAAACGGGGAAAAUGUCAGCUAGUGAUCCAAAUUCUGCAAUUUAUGUGACUGAUUCUGCGAAGGACAUUAAAUACAAGGUAAACAAGCAUGCAUUUACUGGAGGACAAGAAACCAUAGAAAAACACAGACAAUAUGGGGCAAAUCUUGAGGUAGAUAUACCAAUUAAAUAUCUUAACUUCUUCCUUGAGGAUGAUGCUGAACUUGAGCACAUAAAGAAGGAGUACGGUGCAGGACGCAUGCUUACAGGUGAGGUGAAAAAGCGACUGAUAGAAGUUUUGACUGAAAUAGUAGAAAGACAUCGAAGGGCUCGAGCAGCAGUAACGGAUGAGAUGGUGGAUGCAUUUAUGGCUGUGAGACCACUUCCCAAUAUGUUUGAUUGAAUUAAUACCAGGUAAUGAAAAGAACUUGGUGAGAUGUUUUCCAAAUUAUCGAGGAAGAACACAACAUUUGGUUAUAUUUUAUUUGUAUUCCCUUGCUAGAAUUCUCUAAAUUACUGAGUUUUGCUUUAGGGAAAAUGUAUUUUGUGGUGCAAUUUCUCAACUCUAGAAAUAUAGUGAAGUGAGUGUACAAUUUUGAUUCAGUUGCUUACUGCAAAUUUCAUCUUGGACUAAGAGUUAUGCUUUUGGAUAUGGAUUAUGAAUUUAAUACGUUACUUUUAAUAA